AUGCCUGCUUACCACUCAAGCUACAAUGCAGUCGAGAACGUGCGCAUAAUUAACGGCAUUCCGCUGCUGCCGCUGCUGACGAAGACGCGUGGUCCGGCUCCGUACGCUGAUCCGACGAUGACGAGGGACGCAGUCGACGAAGCCCUGGAGCUGUUCCGACCCAACAGCUUCUUCAAGAACUUUGAGAUCAAGGGAGACGGCGACCGGUUGCUAAUCUACAUUAUCCUGUUCAUUUCGCAGAGCCUGAACAAACUCAAGCCAACAACGACCGCGGGUGAGGCCACCAAGACGCUCUACUCGUUGGCGGUCAGCAAUGUGGUGAUCCCGGCAGACGCCAGCUUCCCGCUGCAUGCCAUGUAUCCGGCGGUCGGCGACCGGGUUGAGAGCGAUAUGCUGAGGCAGUAUCUGCAGCAGGUGCGCCAGGAGGUGGCCACGCGGCUGGUUGGCAUUCUGUAUACGGAGAAUGGCCAGGCCACGGCAGCGCCCAGCAAGUGGUGGAUGAGCUUCCAGAAGCGCCAUUUCAUGGGCAAGAGCCUGCACUGA